UGCUCGCAUCGCUACUACCAUAUUAUAUCGUUUCCUCGCCCAUCUUCUGUAGCUUUCUCUCUUCUUCUUCUUCUUCUUCUUCGUCUUCUUCCUCCUCCACCUCCUCCGUCCUUAUCUAUUUUUCUGUUUCUCCUUCUGGUUCUCUCUGUAUUCCAUUCAUUGUCGGUAAAUUUAUGAAAACAAAGAAUUCAUUUUGAUAGAUGAUUUUCUUUAGCCGCAAUACCCAUAGUAUGUCACAGAAAAGCUGGUUGAGUCGGUGAUUCAGGGAGAUCAAAUCAGAAUUUGUUUCAACAGUAUCCAUCCUUCGGAAUAUAUGUCGAUGAGAUAUCAGAGAGUAAGUAGCCCAGAUUGUGUUCCUUUGAGCAGUGGAAAAAAGUCCAACAUCAAUGGCAGAAUUCUCCACACCACGACGAAUAUACCAGGUGCAAGAACAAAUGUGAGUGGCACCGGGUGUUCUGCUUUGGAAGGCAAAGGCUUCAGAUUCAGAUCCCCAUCUAUAACCCACGACCAAAAUAACCUUGAGGCUGCACCCGCUUCUCCCCACUCUGAGAACCACCACCAUGAUUCCCCUCCACCUCCUCCUCCACCACCACCACCAGCAGCAGCAGCAGCAGCAAAGAACCACCGGCACGACAGGAGUCCGAGCCCCAGUGCCAGCGCGAGUCCCAGCCCCAGCCCCAGCCGUGUUGGUGGUGGUGGAGGCGGAAGUGGUGACAUGCUAUUGCAGUGGGGUCAGAGAAAGAGGGCAAGGGUCUCCAGGUCCGAGAUCCGCGCGCUUACUGAUGACUCAUCAUCAUCAUCAUCCUCUGUGGCUAUCAAGGCCCAGAGGAGACUCGCCCCCGCCGCCUCAACGAUGCCACCGCCACCCCCACCGCCUCCGCCACUCCCCAAUCCUUGCACUUAUACUUCUACUUCCAAUGCCACCACCAGACCCAGAAGGGAAGCUUCUGCCUUUCUUUCUCACAGGAAUUUAGACGAGCGAUCUGGUUCUGGAGGAAGUGGGUCACCAUCGAGAAACGGUGGCAACGGCAGCCGGGUGGUGUCUAGAUCUACGGCAGGGAAAAGAUCCCCUCCACCAGAAAAAGUGGAUAGAAAGAUGAUCACUUGUUCUGGGUCAGUAAAAGAUGAGAAGGCAAAUGGAUCCUCUGAUCGAACCAACCAUGUUGAUUCUGGGAAUCAAGCACACUCGGAGCUGGAAGCCGGGCCCACUAACACUGCGGCUCCAUUGGCUGGAGGAGGAGGAGGAGAAAAGGUGAAUGUUGAACUGACUGAGUGGCCCAGAAUUUUCAUUGCCCUCUCACGAAAGGAGAAAGAAGAUGAUUUCCUUGCAAUGAAGGGCACAAAGCUCUCUCAGAGACCCAAGAAGAGAGCCAAGAACAUUGAUAAAGCUCUGCAGUAUUGUUUUCCAGGGAUGUGGCUUUCUGACUUGACAAGGAAUCGAUAUGAGGUCCGGGAGAAGAAAUGUGUGAAGAAGCAAAAGCGAAGGGGUUUGAAGGGAAUGGAGAGCUUGGAGAGUGAUUCGGAGUAGCUAUUGUAGCGUUGAGGAAAAAGGUGAAAGGGACCUACGAAGCUGUUUUGUUGGUUUUUAUAGUAGGUGGGUGGGGUGGUAGGGUCCAGCGAAUUGCAAUUCCUUUUAUGCAUCAGAGGAGUUACUGUUGAGGGAUGAGAUGAGGCCCCAGGAGAAAAUCAUAGUAUGAUUAUGAUGAUGCCUCCUGCUCUCGAUGGGACAGAGGAGGCAGACCGACCACCGGGUGACUGUGAAAACCAAGGUUUGAGGCCCAGCAGCCUGCCUGCCUGCCUUUGUCCGCUGAGAGCACACACAAACCAGCCAGCUAACUCAUUUUGUUUUGUCAUUUAUUUUGCGUGAAAUUCCUUCCUCUUUUCAUGCUCAUCUCGUGUAUAAUUUACUUUCUUCUUUUCCCAAUCAAUGACAAAGAGCUAUUGCACA